CGUACGUCCUUGCUUUCUCCUCAAUGCCACUUGUUUACCUUUGCUUGUCACACACUCUUCUAUUUCUAUUUGCAUGUGAGUCAACUCUUUAUCAUCAUCAUCAUGAUGUAUACAUCCACUUUUCCAACAACAACGACUAAAACGCUCCUAUAAAUUGCCUUUUUACUGGGAAUAUAAUGUAUAUUAAUAAAAAUUCGCCCACCCACCCACUUUUUUACUUGCCUCUAAAUACUUUUUUUUUUUUCUCAACACUCGAAAAUUCUCAAAAAAUCUCUGAUAUUCUACUUUUAUCAAUGUAUUGUGCACAUGGCAAAUGAACACACAAAAUCAGUGAUUCUCUUUUUCCGUCACAUUCGUGGAUUCACUUCACAGUACGCCGCAGGGGGCAAAGCAUAGAAAGUCGUCCAAGCUCCGCUCCACCUUAUAAAGAAAACAUCGUCCACAUUUAAUACCUUACGACGACGAUAUACCACAUAUACACACCACAAAAUAAAAUAAACCAACAUCACUUCCAAGUUCCAACCAACAUUAUUGUAUAUUGUGAGUGAGAUUGGGGAGAGUGAGACAAUUUUUUUUCGACAAGUAGUCUACUCUGCCAUCUCCCUACUUAUUGAUCUCCGAUUCACUUGGUAGUGAAAAAUUGUGUGUCGAUAACUCGGUCGGAAAAAAAUUUUUUUUUAAUGAAAAUCCUAAACUGCUAACUGCGAGAGAGUUGGAGGUGUAUAAUAUAAUAUAGUAGAUCUGAUUAUUCAUAUAUAAAUAAAAAUUAUUUAUAAUUAAGAAAAUAUAUUCGCCUUAAUAAAUAAAACACAAUUUAAGUGAACAGACAAAUAAUCUACAACAAACCACACAAAAAAAAAAAUUAAUAAUAUAAUAAAAUGGCAUUUGCUGGAUUAAAAAAGAAGAUAAACAAAGCCAACCAGUAUGUAACAGAGAAAAUGGGUGGUGCUGAAGGCACCAAACUAGACAUGGACUUCAUGGAGAUGGAAAGGAAGACUGACGUCACAGUGGAACUCGUCGAGGAGCUGCAACUGCGAACGAAGGAGUUUCUGCAGCCAAAUCCGACAGCUCGGGCCAAGAUGGCUGCAGUCAAAGGUAUAUCAAAACUUUCUGGCCAAGCCAAAAGUAAUACCUAUCCACAGCCCGAAGGCAUUUUAGCCGAUUGCAUGCUCACCUAUGGCAAAAAGCUCGGCGAAGAUGGUAUCUUUGCUUGUGCAUUGGUUGAAUUUGGUGAGUCUUUGAAACAAAUGGCCGAUGUUAAAUAUUCCCUCGAUGACAAUAUCAAGCAAAACUUCCUCGAGCCACUGCAUCAUUUACAAACUAAAGACUUGAAAGAAGUAAUGUACCAUCGAAAGAAAUUACAAGGUCGAAGAUUAGAUUUCGAUUGUAAACGUCGUCAAAAAGCCAAAGACGAUGAAAUUCGAGGGGCUGAGGAGAAAUUUGAAGAAUCCUUGCAGGCAGCUCAAAUGGGUAUGUUUAAUUUACUCGAUAAUGAUACGGAGCCAGUGUCUCAAUUGGUUGUCUUUUGUGAGGCAUUAUAUGAUUAUCAUUCGCAGUGUGCCGAUAUGCUCAAAUUAUUACAAGAAACACUGCAACAAAAACGUGAAGAGGCAGAAAAUCGUCCAAAAAUUGAAUUUAUUCCAAAAUCACUGAACGAUUUGAAUUUAGAUGACCAUGAUAAGCCAAUGCAUUUGGAAGUUGAGGGUGAACCUUGGGAAGGUGGUAGACAACCAUCGCCAUUAUCCUCACCAGUUAAGUCGCCUGCAAGGACACCAACUAUUCAAAAGCCACCAUCGUGUCAGGCGUUGUAUGAUUUUGAGCCUGAGAAUCCCGGCGAAUUGGGUUUUAAGGAAAAUGAUAUUAUUACAUUAUUGCAACGUGUCGAUGAGAAUUGGUAUGAGGGUACAGUUAAUGGUCGUACCGGUUAUUUUCCACAGUCUUAUGUUCAAAUUGUUGUUCCACUUCCAAAUACAAAUUAAAUUACAAAACCCUCC